CCUGCUCUUCGCCUCAUCCACGCAAGCCGAAACCAAGAAAGAAACGCGCCCUGGAGAAUUCCGGCGUCCUUUUCUCACAUGCCCUAGAAUCAAAUGGUCCAUGGAGGCCGCCGGCGACCGCUGCUGAAGUAAGAGCCGCGAGGAGGAGUGGUGUUUGGGGUCGUGAGCCGCAGCAAGAUGUCGGUGCGGAUAAAGGCGGUGGUUGACAGGUUCGUGAAGGAGCUCAAGGAGGCGCUGGACGCGGACAUCCAGGACCGCGUCAUGAAGGAGCGCGAGAUGCAGAGCUACAUCGAGGAGCGCGAGCGCGAGGUCGCCGAACGGGAGGCCGCGUGGAAGGCCGAGCUCUCCCGCCGCGAGGCUGAAAUUGCGCGACAGGAGGCAAGGCUGAAAGUGGAAAGGGAGAACCUGGAGAAAGAAAAGAGCGUCCUGAUGGGAACUGCUUCAAAUCAGGACAACCAAGAUGGUGCACUCGAGAUCACCGUGAGCGGCGAAAAGUAUAGGUGCCUCCGCUUCUCCAAGGCGAAGAAGUGAGCUAUGGCAGAAGCGCUAGCUAUAUGCUCAAUGGUUUAUCCUUUGCUAAU